GGUGGCAGGAAUGAGAAGAGGAGCAACACCAGGCGAGCUGCGUGGUUUGUUCGUAGUGCGUGCGUGUGUUCCUCCUGUCUGCUGGGGAUUAUGUAGUCAGCGCUCGGAGUUCUGAGAGAGAGAGUGCGAGGAGAGCGAGGAGCGGUCCGUCCGUACCGCCCACAGUCGGCAUGGAGAAGCUGUGGCUCCCGCCGCGGUGUGUCGUUGUCCUGGCGGUGCUGGUCGCGCUGGCGCGGGGAUCGGACGUCGUCAGGGAGACCGCCUACGGCAAAGUGCGCGGGAAAUUACGGGACGUGACCACGGUGACUACCGGCGUCAAACAGGUGGAGGUGUUCCUCGGCGUGCCCUACGCGCGCAAUCCCGCAGGGACCAGGCGGUUCAGCCGCCCGGAGAGACCUAUCCGCUGGUCCGGUGUGCGGAACGCUCAGUCCGCCGGCCCGCCCUGUCCGCAGCCCCCCGCACCGGCCAUCGCCGCCUACCGACAGGUGGGGACAGCGCCUGAUGAGGACUGCCUCUUCCUCAAUAUCUACGCCCCAAAGCAUUCGAAGAAGCCCAAGAAGUACCCAGUUCUGGUGUUUGUUCACGGCGGGGAUUACAUGUUCGGGACGGGCUCGGCUUACGACGGGAGUCUGCUGGCAGCAACACAGAACAUCGUGGUGGUCACCAUCAACUACAGACUCGGGGUCUUAGGGUUUCUCAGUAUGGGUGACAAUGACCUUCAGGGGAAUUAUGGGAUCUUGGACCAAAUCGAGGCUCUGAAGUGGGUGCGACAGAACAUCGCCAACUUUGGCGGGUUCAGGUCAGAGGUCACGGUGUUCGGCCACCAAUCAGGAGCGAGCUGUGUGUCGGUACUGAUGGUGUCACCCCUCGCAAAAGAUCUGUUCAAGAGGACGAUCCUGUCGAGCGGGUCACCCCUGCAGGCCGUGUCUGUCCGCCCUGCCCACCAGGUUGUCCGGCAGACCCGCGCGCUGGCCCGACACUUCAACUGUGACGGCUUCACCACCACCUUACAGAUGCUGGAGUGCCUCAACAAGAUCCGAUACGAGGCUCUGGUCGCACAAGAGACGGUUGUCCACCUGGACGUGGCUGACCUGCCGAAGUGGACGCCCGUGGUGGACAGGAAGGUCCUGCCUGUACCCAUGGAUCAGCAGCUCCGCAGGAUGCAGGUGAACGGAGAGGCUUGCAUGCUGGGCUUCACAGGGACGGAGUGGGCCAGUAAAGCUGCGGUAGAGCUGGCCCUUGACGGCGGCAUGUCUGCGGCAGAGUUCCGGAUGCUGAUAGAGAACCUCAUCAGCCAGAUCUACCCUGACGCGCCGGCCGAGGUGGCAGAUCUGGUGACGUAUGAGUACACCAGCUGGCUCCGGCCGGGCGACCGCUUCGCAACCAGGAACAGCUACAUACAGGCCGUCAGUGACGCCCUGUACGUGGCCCCGGCCAUACAGUCUGCGGCAGGUACAACACUGGCAGGACUGGCCACGUAUGUGUACCAGUUUGUCAGCGGCUCUGGUGGGGGGAUUUUGCCUGGCGCGUUGGACGACGUGUCGCUUAUCUUCCCCGAGCAGCCGGCACGCGGGGCCGCGGCGCAGCUUAGCGCUGCACUCAUGGACCUGGUGGGCAGCUUCGGAAGGGCAGGCACGCCGCAAUGGGAGUCCGAGAACCUGCGCGUGUUCAGCCAGGAGACGCAGGACUUCCUGAAAAUAGACAAUAUCAACGACACAAGGGAAGAGAGUUUCCCCAGGAGAAAGCAAGUGACCUUCUGGAACAAGAUCGUGCCCUCGCUCAUCACGGCCGCCGAGAGGGCGCAGAAAAGCGCCGGGCCCACCAGCGCCUCGGACCGCGUGGUGCCCACGGUGCAGGCCCCCGAUAUCAGUUGGACAACGAAAGGGGUUAUCAUAGGGAUCAUGGUCAUCGGCAUCUUCCUUCCCGUCAUGACCCUGUUCUUCGUCCUGUACGUCAUGGACUUCCGCAAACAGUGGCGGAAGAGGAAGCUGUCCAACAAGAUGACAGACGAGAACAGGUACGCGCCGCCUCCCACGGUGGCUGCCAACGACAGGCCGCCGUACCCAAGAUUCCAGAUCACGGAGGACCAGGACUGAGGAAAUACUACUGCAGUAAUAGUAUCGUAGCGCCCUCUAGCGUCUCCAGUUGGUAUUCCAGUCUACUCCACCAUCUGCUAGUACAGGGUAAAUGCUGUGGCGACUAAUGAUAAACUCCAGCCCCUUUCGUUGUGUGACUUCUGUAGGUGUCUGAUGUAACAAUGUAGAUCGGUAUUCUCUAAUGUUUCAUUUGUUCUAAGCUUCCUCGAAUCACCAUAGAGACGAGCUGCAGUUCACUUCAAUACCGCAUGGAAAUUCCCUCACGGUAUCACAACGCCCUCUUGCGUUAUUUGAAGUAAGGCAACGGGAUAAAAAGUAUCUUUCAUCAAAUACUCGAAUUGGACGUGUCUGAAUGAUACCGAUGUAUGGACAUCGUGUCAUUGUCACCAGCAGAGAACAGGGCCAUGUGUCCGUGACAUUUAUGGGAUUAUGUUUUUAGUGGGAUUUUCAGUGUUCUUCACGUUGCGUUCUGUCCUACCCGUAGCAUAAUAUAUUUACCUCCACAUGGAGUAUAUCCCCGCAUUGCAAUUGCGCAAUUCGGAUUCGUGAAAAGCAGUGUGACCGCACAGGCCGAUCCGGAUUGAUGAAUUUCUGAUCCGGAUCUGCGGUCAAUCCGGAUCCGUUUUUUGAAUGUGAACGGGGUCUAUGUGGUUCUCUUAUGGUUUGGAAAUUUUGUGUAGGAUGGAUUUUAGAAAGUUAAAAGUGACAUUGCCUCCAGGCACAGAACAAAUGGUUACUAAUAUUCCACAGUCUACUUCGAUUUUACGAAUGAUGUAAAUAUAUUCAGAAAUGUAAAAGUGGUGUUGCUAUAGUGACGAUGUUGCUAUCUGUGAAGUUUGAAAUGUUAGGCUGGAAUGUCUUCGGGCGGCUGUCAGCCGGUUGUACAUAUACAUCACGAGCGGUAUUACAUAACCUAAAACUAUUUUGAUGUAGUGUAACACAUCAGUGUAUAUAGAAGCCCGUGUAUAUCUGUGCGAAUAUUGUGAGGAACGAUAGUACAUGUAUAUGGCAUUUUCUAUGUUUUUGUUUGGCAUAAAAGUCUUUCUAAAUAAAAUGGGGGACUAUAUUUGCUUCACGUAACACCUGUAAGUAUGAGGUACCAAGAGAAGGCGUCACCUUAUUUUAUUCGUGUUAAAAUCACGUUGUAGACAAUUCCUAACUGUGCUUAGAUGACACUUUGCUGACCAAACCGCAUCAAUUUCAUAUGUUUAGGUUGUUAUUUAGGAUGUUAUAACUGUUUGUGUUAGGUCUUGUUCAAUCAAUGAUGUACAAAUGUACUAUAACAACCGCAACUGCUCGUCCUUCUUUAAAUACAUUUAUCUAAAGAGCCAAGAUGUCUGUCAAAAUUCUCGAAUGUGACAUACACGUUUACUAAUUAUCAAUUGGUAUAAGAUGGUUAAUUAAAAUAUUAUUAAUUGUCGGUUGGUUUAAGAUAGUUAAUUCAGAUAUUAAUGGUCGAAAUUUAUAGGUUAUGUCCGUCUCGCUAUCUUCUGUUUCAUUCAGGUCAUUCCUGUAGCAAACAAGCUCACAGUCUGCGCACAAAGUGAGCCGAUGCAAAUUUAUCAUAAUAAUCAACCUGUUUUGUCUUUGUUCUAGUAGCCCGAAUAAUCAACCUGUUUUGUGAUGUUCUAGUAGCCCAAACGGGAGUUGCUUUAGUCAAAGCUGCGUUGUAAUGAGGUAUUCACAUCCUUCUGAACCUUGAGACACAGACAAGGGAGGAAUGUGGGAUGAGAAUUCAUGUUUGUGCCGGGUAUACAUGUACAGUGACGCAAGAGGAGAACAUACAUGUAUGCAUUGUGCAGCACGUUGUCAGUUGGAUUCAUUUAAUCGCAGUUCGUGUGUUACAGGCUUGGUAAGGCUACAAUGUUUGACCGGCAGACGGACAUGGCAAAACCUAUUUAUCGGGAGAAUUUUUUUAGA